AACUUCCCAUUAAUAAAUGAAACAACUUCAGAUGGUUAAUCUGCCUCAAACACACUGUGCUAUUAUUGAACUGUUGGAACUAAUGCGAUGUGAUAACUGUGCAGCGACUCUUCAUCAGCCAUUUACAACUGGAGUGUGUGAACACUUACUUUGUUCCUCAUGUAUACCAGGCCGAAGUAAUGGAAAGGUUGCAAGCUGCUGUCCAGUUUGCUCAGUCCCUGUCCAUCCACGUGAUUGUCAAGUUCAUCCACAGUUUACGUCACUAGUUUUAGUCGCCCGUCGUUUAAAACGACUGACAGUGAACGUAUCUCAAGAGAAAACAAAAGUUUCUCGUGAUCCCUUAACUGGUAUGUUAUAA